GUGGCAGCCGGCAGAGGCGCGCGGCGGAAUCGCUGCGGACUCGCGCCGGCAACGCAGCGUCACUCCGGCGCGAUCGCCCGUAUCACAUACCCGCGGACCAUACGCCAUCACGCCGCACGAUACCCGUCCUACUUCUGCUACAUCCUGUCGUGCUAAAUGUCUUCUUAUUCCUUGGACGUAGAAAUGUUUAUAAGUGAAGUGAAGAAAUAUCCAGAAAUAUGGGAUUUGCACAACGAAGAUUACAGAUUCAAGAACAAGAAGCAGCGCGCUUGGGCUGAAAUAGCGCGUGUUUUUAUAACCGACUUUGACGAUAUGCCCGAAAUCGACAAAAUUGAUGUUUAUAGAAAAUUACACGGCAAAUGGCGUAAUAUACGAGAUUCGUUCGUCAGACACGUGAAAAAGAAAGACGGAAAGAGAGGUUACUUGUAUGCAGCGCAAUUGUCCUUCUUAAACGAUAUCUACAAACCCAGUGAUUGCAGUGAUGAGGAUCUGGACAAUAACGAGUCGUGGCAGAGCGAUGCUGACGACUCUCACGGAUUCAAAAAGAUCUCAUUAAAACGGAGGCUCAAUUUGCUGACUGAUUCCAAUAUAUGGCCCAGUGAUGGCGAGGAUGGCCCGCCCUCGACCAUAGAGAAUCUCAAACGAAAACGAUCUAGUAAAAACAAAAAACAAGACAUAGAGUACGUCGACACCCCGUACAUAGACGCAUCGGCCUCCACUUACCAAAUAGAAGAUGAGGAUAGGUCAUUUUUCGAAUCCCUCUUACCAGUGGUUAGGAGGUUCGAUGUAGACCAGAAAUUAGAAUUCCGUAGCGAAAUUUUAGGUUUGAUUAAAAAUAUUAGGUCAAAUAAUAUUAGGAAGUUUCAACUCGACCCAACGACAGGAGACUUCAAUGAUUAGAGAACAAACCAUUUAGGUAGAUAGUAGUCUAGCUAGCUAUACAAUUCAUUCCAACUUUGUUACAAUAAAGACUAUAUAUUUA